AUGAAACCAUUCACAGAUGAAGAUGUAGAAAUCUACAUCCAGAGCAAGGUAGAACGGCGACAUUAUCUGGUUUCCAAAGCAGUGGAGGAGGUGCAGAAAAUCAUCCAGCAACUGACUGCAGAAAUCAGCUGUAAGGCCACACGCUUCCAGGCUAUCUCCAACUCUGGCAUUCACAAUGAGAAUAUUAAGGUCUUAGCACCCAGCCAGUUCCUCAUCACAGUCCCUCUGCGUGGCCUGACCGGGUACAGGGAAUGCCAGGUACGGCACUGGCGUUAUUACACCGUGCAUGGAGCCAAGCUCCUCUCCACCGUGCGGGACCCUGAGGAACUGCAUCAGUGGCUGGAGGUGGAGCAGUUCUCCAAAAGCCUUCAGCAGUGGCAUGAAACGGAUGUGAACAUCGAAGGUGAUCUGGUUCCAGCCAAAGUCCUUAUCGUCUUCCGGGAGCUGGUGGAGAAAUCGAUUAUCUCCUGUAACCUCUCCAGUAAAGUGACAAUGCUGGAGAGCUUCAGCUCAGGGGUCCGAGUGGCUGUAGAGACAUCAGAAUCCCAGGUUGAGGUGGAGCUGGUCCCUGCUGUGGAGAUUCCAACUUGCUGGCCUGAGAAAGCCCGGUGGCCUCGUUGCCUUAGGCGUUGGCCUUCCCAAGAAAAAGUGCAGUGCAUCAAGUCGCUUGGUUUCGACCUUUUGGCCCGCUCCAAUUACCACUGGCAGCUGUGCUUCUCCCGUGCUGAGCGUAUACUCAUGGAAGGACUUGAUGAAGAUGGUGGUUGUCGCAUGAAGUGCUUCAGGGUCAUGAGGCAGAUGAAGGAAGAUGUCUGGUGUGCUGGAAAUAAGCCUAUCAUCACAGCUUAUCACCUUCAGACAGUGCUAUUCUGGACGUGUGAAAAAUACCCACGCACCAAGGAUUGGCGCUGCUUCCCUGAAGCCUUUCUGAGGCUGGUACAGAAGCUGCACAAGUGUGUAAGCCAGCACUUCCUCAAGCAUUACUUUCUCAAGAACACCAAUCUGCUCAAAUAUGCCAACACCAGUGACCUGGACCUGGUGGCCAGCAGGCUCACGGUCUUCUUGGAGAACCCUGUCUUUUGCCUGGACUAAGGCCGGAAAAGGUCUCCUUGCUCCAACUGUGAGCUGAUCCCCCACCUCCUCUCCCAACCUGUGGCUGUUCUUCGUGUCCUUCCAGU